AUGCUAAAAUUUUAUCUACUUAUUUGGCUAGCCCUCGCUUCAAGCUCAAUUUAUCAGCCUGAACAAAUCCAUCUCUCCUGAACUGAGCACGAAAAUGAAAUGCGCGUUACUUGAAUAACCUAUCUUCAGCUUGACUCAUCAGUCAAAUAUCGCCCCCUUCUCUGCUCAAAUAUACUUUCAGACUGGCUCACUGUGCCUUCCUCUAUCCAAGGUUUUAAUGCAGGAGAAAUCAUAUACCGUCUCCAAUACAUAUACACCUCGGUAAUUCCAAACCUAAGACCAGACUGUUUUUAUGAAUAUUAUAUUACCAAUCCGAUGGCACAAAGCAAAGUCUAUAUGUUUAGUGGGAGAACUCCAAAUUCUUCGCUCCCCAAUAAGGACUCUCAAAAUCUUUUAUCAAUGAUUAUUUAUGGAGAUUUAGGGAUAGGAAAAAAUUCAAAACAUGUAAAAAAUAGACUGAGUCAGGAAAUAAAAAUUAGAAGCUUUUUAGGAAUACUUCAUAUAGGAGAUAUUGCAUAUGAUAUGGACCAAGAUGAUGGCAUGGUCGGAGAUAGAUUUUUGAACUCUGUCCAAGACAUAGCAGCUAAUUUUGCAUAUAUGGUAACGCCCGGGAAUCAUGAAAUUAGGCAUAACAUGACACAUUAUAGGACAAGAUUUAAAAUGCCUUUGAAUGAUGCAAAUAAUGGGACAAACUGGUUUUAUUCUUUUAAUUUAGGAGCUGCACACUUUAUUAUAAUAAAUACUGAAUUGUACAUUUAUGAUCACCCAGAGCAAAUUUUAACACAAUUUAACUGACUGAAGCAAGACUUAGAAUAUGCAAAUAAAAACCGAGACACUUGGCCUUGGAUUUUUGUGCUUACCCAUCAUCCUCUAUAUUGUUCUCUAAUGACAGUUGCUCAAUGCACACAUGAAGCUGAGCUAUUAAGAUCGUCUUUAGAGGAUUUGUGAUAUGAAUAUGCAGUUGAUAUAAUGUUCGAAGCCCAUAAUCAUUAUUAUGAGAGAUGCACACCAAUUUAUAAGAAUGCUCCGAUAAAGAGUGAGUAUGAUGAUUUCAAUACUCAUUACAAUGCAAAUGCAACUCUGUAUAUAAUUACUGGAAAUGGAGGAAAUAAUGAAGGGCAUAAUGACCCAGUCCCAGAAGUCUGGCAGGAAUGAACAUUAUUUAUGACUGAAGAAUAUGGGUAUGGAAAGUUAGAAGUUUUUAAUAAAACACAUAUGCGCUGGAUACAAUAUGGAGCAGUAAGUGGAAGGGAGAUAGACCAUGUGUGACUUAUUAAAGAUAGAACGAGAUUUAAUUAG